CUGAUGCUCUCCCCGGAGCUGCUAAUGGGGAUAGCCGGGAAAAUUACCGACCUGCCCGCCAAUGAUCCAGGUGUGCAGGAAGCCCUCGCCUUCGCCGUGGAGCAAUACAACCAGGACAGAGGGGACAGCCCCAACUAUUUCAAGGUGGUGCGCGUUCUGAUGGCGCAGUCGCAGGUGGAGACUUGGGUGAAUUACAGUCUUUUGACGCAGUUGGUGAAAACAACAUGUAAAAAGAUAGCCUCUUGGAAACCGACUUAUCAGUAUAUCCAGAAAUGUAAGCGACUUCGAGAGAAACAGGAGAAACCAAACUGCUUCUUUAAAGUUAGACAAGUGCUUUCCAAGAUGGAAUUGGCAGUCACCUCCUGUAAGUGAUCUGGACUUCGGCAGGAGCUCUUCUGCUCAGGCUAAGGAUUCUGAGGGUGUCCGCAGCCGAGCAACCUCUGGUGGACAACCUGGCUUCACACCAACCUUAGCUUCUUCUGACACCAAUCAAGAAGAGACGGUUUCCUUCAGCCCAAAUUCCCAUCUUCUGAAUUUCUGAAAUUAUUCCUUGACAUCCAGGGAGGCCUUUUCCUGCCCUUCUCCUCGUUUCUAUAUCAUUUUCAUCUCUGAGAAGAAUCAAUAUUUUGCUAUUUGGGUUCAUUCAUCUUAAUAAAAGCUAUUGUCAUGA